UGUGGCGCUAUUCCAGAUCGCGUGUAAGAUCCCCGAUAGAGUAGAUCUCUAGCUUGCAAUCGACAAGUCGUCCUCCCAUCCACAGUCAACGUCCUCUGAACCUAGAAAGCAACAGACCCCCCGAGACAAGAGGUUGCCUGCCAGAUUGUGUUCACCUGGAUUGCAGUAUGCUCUCGCAGUACGCAUGACGCACGAUUGACCUGACCCAACGUGUCCAAUCUCAGGCACCAGAUACUCGCAUUUCACCUACGUGAAUAGACCUAUCUAAGACCAUCUAGCGACAUCUCUCUGCAUUAUCGCAACUGCCAUACGGAUACCUAUGUGCCUGGAAAGAAGAACACGACGCACCCGACCACCCAUAUCGAAAGCACGCUGAGUGCUGCCCGCGACCAUCACCUAGACCGCAGCGUAUUUAGAUGGCCGAUGGUUACAGGUUUCCGCAGGCGAGUGCAGGAAGCUACUAUCCCCAUACACAACAUCAGCUGGCGAGGCACACGCGAAACCCGUCUCCGCCGAACAGAGCCACAUUCAUAUCAGACGACCAAUCCCCACCAUCGCCACCACAGUCCUCAGCAGAACGGCUGUACAGCAUGUUUAACCAGGGCCAUCAGCCAGGCCAGCAUGGCCGGCCGACCACGGGCAACCGACUGCCCAUAAUGUACAACUUCCAGCACCAGACUUCCCACCAACAAACCCAUACACAACACCACCAAGAUCAUACGCACACGAAUGGAAAUGUGGCCCACCAUACCGCGUAUUCAUCGGGGGUCCUAUCCAACUCUACACCAAACUUUACACCAGCAAACCAGACUGGCCACGUCACGCCCCAAAGAGGCGCGCAGACACAAAUAACUGAACAUUGGGCGGAGCAAUUGAAGGCAUACAAGGAGACUGAGCGGGCACAUAACAUAAUGCUCGAGCAGCAUGCGCCGAACUACUAUGCGAGGACAAAGGGGCACGAGAAUCGGAGCAUAGCCGCUGAACCCGCAGCAAAUGAGGAUACCGAGGACAGAGGCCGGCCGUCAAAUCAGGAUGGCCCCAUCAGGAGGCAAGAUUGGCACAAUAUGGACAUCAGCGGCCAAGGCCUAAGAGUGCUGACCCCGCCACUGUUUGCGUACACCUUUUUAAAUGAGCUUUAUAUUGCGUCAAACAAGAUCACCCACAUCCCAGCCUCAAUUGGAAAACUACGCCAGCUCAGGUACCUGGACGCGUCAAAUAACCAAUUGUCGGAUCUACCUCCCGAGCUUGGCAUGUGCGUCUACCUGAAGCACCUUCUCCUCUUUGACAACGACCUCAGGACGCUACCAAACGAACUCGGUUCGCUGUAUCAUCUGGAGAUGCUGGGAAUAGAAGGGAAUCCCCUGGACGUUGGCUUGAAGCGAGAGAUUAUGGAGAAUGGCACGAAGGCUCUGGUCCUCCACCUGAGAGAGACUGCACCUGUCCCCAUGCCCCCACCCCCACGAGUGAUGUUAGAGCUCCAAGAAGCAUCGGAGUCUGAAGAACAUAUCAAGGUAUUCUCGUACAAUACGCUCUGCUUCAAGAUGGCCACAGAGCAAAUGUACGGUUAUACUCCGUCGGAAGCAUUGAGCUGGGAAUACCGCAAGGAGCAGAUCCUACAAGAAGUCCAAGCAUCAGAUGCCGAUUUCAUAACUCUCCAGGAAGUUGAUAAUGACAGCUUCAAGGAGUUCUUCAGCAUGAAGCUGGCGUACAACGGCUACAAGGGCGUAUUCUGGCCAAAGUCGAGAGCGAGAACGAUGUCGGAGAAGGACGCCAAGGUAGUUGAUGGAUGCGCCACCUUUUACAAAGGCAACAAGUGGAUCCUGCUUGACAAACAGCUCAUCGAUUUCGCCAACAUCGCAAUCAACCGGCCUGAUAUGAAGAACCAGCAUGACAUUUUCAACCGUGUCAUGCCAAGAGACAACAUCUCCGUUGUCACAUUCUUCGAAAAUAGACUCACCGGGGCGCGCGUGGUUGUUGUCAACGUGCACAUCUACUGGGACUUGGCCUUUUCCGACGUCAAGAUCAUCCAGACGGCGAUUCUCAUGGAGUACGUGACAAAGCUGACCGAUAAAUAUGCCAGGUGGCCAGCCUGCAAGGACAAGAAGGCAUAUGGCAUGGACAACGACGACCAAGGCGAGCCAGCACCGUCGAUGGAAUACACCAACACCCAGCUGCCGCUGCUUGUCUGUGGCGACUUCAACUCCACUCCAGACUCGGCCGUCUACGAACUGCUCGCACACGGCUCCCUUGAGCCAAACCACAAGGAAAUGCGCGAUUACCAGUACGGAAACUUUACACGUGAUGGCAUGCAGCAUCCAUUCUCCCUGCGCUCGUCGUAUGCAAACCUAGACGGCACGCCCGAGGCGCUAACGUUCACGAACUACACGCCGGGAUACACUGGAAUUCUGGACUACAUCUGGUACUCGACGAAUGCGCUGGAAGUUACUAGCCUCCUGGGGCCAGUCGACCCCGAGUAUCUGAAGCGGCUGCCCGGUUUCCCAAACUACCACUUCCCGAGCGACCACUUGAGCUUGUUGGCUGAGUUCACAUUGAAGAAACAGGGCAAAGACAGGAAGGGGGAUAGGUAGGCGUCAGGGGGGUGUGGUGUGCGCGAUGGGUAUCAUAUUCAGGAACUAAGUUUGGUGGUGUUUGGUGGGCGUUUUUGCGGUCAGUCGAUGUAGAAUUAAUGCAUUGUACGUAUAAGUCUCGAAGAUGAUGAUGUGAGUUAUGUGUACGUGUGUGUGUCCUGUGGUGAUUUUAUGGCGAUGCGAUUCUGGAACAUUCCUGUGGUUACUAUAUGACUCCAUAGACUCCCUUGACUCCUUUGGAGAGAGACUCUACAACGUGGC